AUGCUUUCUAUUAGUGGCGAAACAUCGUCAGAUCAUUUACAUAAUGUAGUGGAGACACCAGAACGACGAAAAACAUUUGCUCAAAAUUGUCGUAUUUAUUUACGUGAGCGGAAUUUUGAUGGCUUUGAUAUUGAUUGGGAAUACCCUGGAACAUUUAAGGACAAAUUUACAGAACUUUUAAAGGCAAUGCGUUUGGAGUUUGCCAACGAUGACGCAAUCAGAACAAAGAAUAAGUCAAGAUUGGUACUCUCUAUAGCAGGGGCUGCAGGGAAACCCAAUAUUGACGAAUCCUACAAUGUACCAGAAAUUGUCAAAUUUGUAGAUUUUAUCAACGUUUUUGCGUUUGACUAUUUUGGUACUUGGAGUAAAGUAUCAGGAUUUACUGGUUCUCUUUUCUCAAGGUUUUCUGAUCCUGCCUAUAAUCCUCAAUUGUCGCAGAACUGGACUAUACAGUACUGGAUAAAAAAUGGAGCACCACCAGACAAGUUAGUGAUGGGAACCACGGCAACAGCUUUAGCUUUCACCCUGAAAAGUUCAUCUAAUCAUAACAUUGGAGCACCAGUGAUAAACAGCACUAUUGUAGGUCCAGUAAGGAAAAUGAGGGGCCAGUUAUCUUAUUCUGAGUUAUGUGACAAGGUCAGAGGACUCCGUGGAAUAUGGGACGAUGAGCAGAAAUAUACCUAUGCAUAUUCUGGUAACCAGUGGUUUUCAUAUGAUACCCCGAGAAGUAUGAUAGAAAAGGUUAAAUACGCUAAAGCUAUGGGAUUAGGAGGGAUAAUGUUUUGGACAUAUGAUCUUGAUGAUUUCUCUGGUAAUCAUUGUGGACAGGGAAAAUUCCCUUUAUUGAACUCUAUAAAAGAUGCUGCAUUUAAUACUAGUUUUACUAGAGCGCCUACUACGAUCGCGCUAACCACGCCAUCGUCACAGCCAGCCGGAAAAUCAAAUAAUCCACAGGAAACAGGAACAAAGACGAGCAAAACUAACUCCUACCAUUCGACAGAAUCUCACAUAGCAAGAACAGAAAGAACAUUUUUGUCAACUGAUGUUAUAAGUAGGGAACAUAUAACCUUUACAGCACAUACACUACACAGUAUAGUAUAG